AUGGAGAAAAAUAAAAAGAAGAAAAACUCGAAGGGAAAGUUCAGGAAAAAAGAAGAUGUUAAAAAGGAUAUAAAUAUAUUAAAAAAGGAUAAGAAUAAUAAAGAUAGUUCAAAUAAUACUAUAAUUAAUACUAGUGAUAAAAAUCUGGAUGAAUCAAAAAAUAAAGCAUUAAGAGAAGACAACAUUUUUCAAAACAUUAAUAAUUCUACAACCAUUUAUGAUAAAACAAGUGAUAUUAUAAAUAUAUUAUAUGAUAACAAAAAUAUGAAUAUGAAAAGCCCACAAAAUAAAGGCAAAGACAUACAUAGUAGUAAUCAUGAAGAUAUAAUAAAUCAGACAUGUGGUAUAUCGAAUAAACUAAAAAAUGAUGACAUAUUUGAAAAAAAUACACUGGUUGUAAACAGUAAGUUAGAAUGUGAAGAUACAAUCACAUUAUUAGAAAAAGAUGUUAAUGUUAAUAUGAAUGAAUAUGAUAAUAGUUCUGAAUUUAUAAAAUAUAUGGAAAAUUUUAAAGAAAAAAAAAAAUGUAUGGAUAAUAUAACUUCUUCUAUGGGAUAUAAAAAUGAAGAUAACAAGGAAGAAGGGAAGAAAAAGGCAAAGGAUGAAAUAAAAAUGAAAAUAGAGGAAAAGGAAACCAUAUCAUACAAAUCAAAGAAAAAGAAAAAAAUGGAAAAAUAUCAUAUUAGUAAUGAAGAAAAAGAAAAGGUCAUGAAAAAAUACAUGCUCAAUUUAGAAGAACAAUAUAGAAAAAAAAAAGAAGAAGAUUUAAAAAAAAUUGUAGAUAAAAAUAAAGAGGAUAUGAAAAAAUUUAAAGAGAAAGAAAAUACAUUUGUUAAUUUUUUGAAAAAUCCUCGACUAAAUCUAUCUAAGGACGAAAACGUGAAUGAUUACUUGAGCAUAUAUCCAAAGACAAUACAAUUUGUAGAUGUACGUAAAAACGAAAUAUUUAUCAAGGAAUUAUUAAUUACGAACAAAAGCAAUAUUUUAUUACACAUUAUAAUUAUCCCUCCAACAUUAAAACAAUUUUAUAUUAAAGAAAUAAUUAAUAUAUAUAACAAACAAGAGGAAAAUGAGAAAAGUAAUUUAAACCAUCAAAUAGCACCAGGACAUUCAUUAAAGAUUAAAGUAUGUUAUAAUGUGGUUAGUUUGAAUUAUCAAGAAGAUCAUAUAAGGUUACUUUCUGAGGCAGGAAAUGAAAUAAUUGACAUUAAAGUGUUUCAAUCUAUUCCUAAGUUAAUAUUUGAAAAAGUCUUAAAUUUCGGACCAAUCCGUCCAAAUGAAAAAAAAGAGAAAUUAUUUGGUGUAAAAAAUAAUGGCAAAGAUAUCAACCUUUUAAUAUGUCCCAAGAAACUAUUUCAUUUUUACGAAAAGUUCAAAAAAGUCGAAGAAGAAGAAAAAAUUUUAAAUUUAUUGUUAAAAAAGAAUAAUGAAGAAACUAAUGAUAUAGAAGAAAUUAAUGAAAAUGAAGAUACAUAUUAUAUGUAUAAUAAUGUGACAAGUUAUUCUCAUAACUUUUUGUUUUUAUAUAAAAAAUUUGUAAACAAUUUUAAUAAAUUAUAUUUCGAAAAAAUAUUACAAGAUUUGUAUUACUUCCAUUUGAAAAAUUCAGAGGAAAAUUUUGUAACUUUUACAUUUAAAUGUAAUAAAAUUGGUAUAUAUAAAAAAGACUACUAUAUAAUCACUGAUAAUGAAUGCAACUUGAAAGAAUUAGAUAAAAAAGAAAAUGUACCAGAUAUUAUUAAUCUGAACAAAUUAAAUAUUUUUGAGUUCUCUAUAAAUGUUAUAGUGGAACCUGUAUUAUUAAAUUUGCUUCUCUUAAAUAAUAGGAUCACACAUGAUCUUUAUUCGAAUAAAAUAUCAGAAUAUUUAGAGAAUAACGACAAAAACAAUUUAAAUUAUUUACUUCAUUGUAGUAAUUUAUAUGCCUUUAAGUUUUCCGAUGUCAAUAGUGCUUAUAAUUAUAUAGACCUCGAAAUUUCGAACAACGGUUUAAUAGAUUUAAACGUUGUAUGUAGUAUAUAUAUAAAAAGCUAUGAUAGUAAUGACAAGGAAUCUAUAAUUUUAAAUAUUAAUGAUAAAGGUAUAUAUUAUUAUGAUGAAUAUUUUAAUGAGAAUCAUUCUGAUUCUUUGUAUAAUGAGAGAGAAAAGAACCAAAUUAUUUAUGAUAGCAAAUACUAUAAAGAUAUAAAAAUAUAUGAGAAAAAUAAGGAUAGAAGAAAAUUAUGUCCCUUUUAUAUAUAUCCAAGAAAAUUUAAUUUAUCUUAUAAAAGUAGAAAGAAAAUAUUUAUUAUUUUUAAACCAUUGGAAAAACAUAUAAAUUAUAAAAAUUAUUAUUUUAUUUUAUCUGUUAAAGAUGUAAAUAAAGGUUCUGAUUUAAAUAUAAUGGAUUUAUUCAAUAUAUCUUCUAAAACAAGACAACAAGAUGAAAUGUUCGGAAUUCCUUUGGUAUGUAUUAAUGAAAAAAAAAUAAUUAAAAAAAAAAGGAAAGAAAUUGAUAAGAAAGAAAAACAAAUAUUGAAAAAUAAAUUUGGUAAGAAAAUUUCUAAAUAUUAUAAAUCAUCUACUUCUACAUGUACAUCUUCGAAAACAUCUUCUAUAUCCUUAUCUGAUCAUGAUAUAUCUAGUUCCAGCUAUUCACAAUAUAGUGAAUCCUAUAUAAAAAAAAAACAAACAAAAAAAACAAAAUAUUUUAAUAAAAAAGAAAAAAAGAAAAAUUUCGUAUCUCUUUUAAUUCCUUUAUAUGCAAAUAUAAUUGAACCAAAUGUAAAUAUAAAAGCUAAAAAAUUAAGCAAAACUAUUUUUAUAAAUCCUUUAUAUUUAUACAAAUGUGAAUUUACAAUGAAAAAUAAUAAUAAUUUUUAUAUCAAUUAUUAUUUCCCUCUUAUUUUGAGUCAUAAUGAAAAUAGUGGUAAGGAUAAAAAAUAUUUGAUGGAAGAAUUUAUUAAUGAAGAGGAAAAUAAAGAAAAACAACAAAAAAAUGGUUGUAUAUUUUAUUAUGAUUAUUUUGAAAUAAUAAAGGAUAUAUAUGUGAACAAAAAUAAAAAUAAUAAUAAAAAUAAGAAAGAUGAGAGGCAGAUUUAUACAUGUAAAGAGGCCCCCACGAAGGCUACUACUACUACUACUACUACUAAUAAUAAUAAUAAUAAUGAUAAUAAUAAGGAUAAUAGUACACAAUUUUGUCGUUUAACAAAGAAGAAAAAGAAAAAAGAAAAAAAAAACAGAUCCAUCACAUAUGAAAAAACAUAUAACAAAAAACUAAAAGAUGGUAAGGACAAUAGGGACAAAUGUGAAGAAAACUACCAUCAUUUUAAUAGUUUAAAUAAAAAAUUAAUAAAAUAUUUCUACAAAAAAGGAGAUAGUGAUAAGGUAAACAUGUAUGUAUUGGUAAAAAAUGAUUUUAAUGAAAAUUUUAAAAAUGAUACUUUAGAAGAAAAUGAGAAAUACGAUAAAUUGAAAAAUAUUGGAAAGAGAAAAAAUAUUUUAAAAAUUGAAAAAGAUACAUAUUUUCUUAAACCAUAUGAAAAAAAAAAAAUUGUUUUAUAUUUAUUAGUAAAUAAAUAUGGAUAUCAUAAAAUAGAUUUCAAGAUAUUAUUUUAUAUGGAUAAUUAUAAAAUGGAAAAAACAGUUACAGCUAACAUUUAUACAAGAUGUAAAGGUGUUCAUUUUGAUAAAGAUAUUUUUAUUUUUAAAAAUAGUUUAUGUCAUUAUAGUUAUUGUAAUAUUAUAAAGGUAACAAAUUUAGAUAAAGACAUUAAAUUUAUUACACUAGAUGAUGAUAAUAAAAAUGAUCAUAAUAAGAAUGCUCUUUUUAGAGACUGUGGAUUUAUUUCUUUAUAUAUGUUAUAUAUAUAUACAUUAAAAAAGAAAGAUAAAAAAAAAAAAAAUUGUCCCAGAAAAAUAUGUACAAAUAUUAUGAACAAAAUAGAAGAAAAAAUAAAUAGCGAAUAUAUAGAUGAUAAAUGUAUAAAGAAAGAAGACAAUAAUAUUUAUAAUUGUUCUAUAUGUAAAUGUAGAUUUAAUUUUAAUAAAAUAUUUCAUUUUUUUGAGAAGACAUAUCAUGAAAAAUAUAAAGAAAGUAGAGCAUACAAUUUUAUAUAUGAUUCUAAUGAAUAUUUAAUUCAAUACAAAAAUAAAAAUAUAAAUAAUGAAGUAAAAAAUUUAAAUAUGUUGGAGAGUAUUUAUAAAUAUAGAGAAAAGGAAUAUAUAUUUAUACAUAAUAAUAAUAUAGUAUAUAAAAACGAGGAUCGCGUUUUAUUUUAUCCGUCCAAUUUUUUAUUGCUUCCAUUAAAAGAGGCUUUUUUCUUUUUCUUCUUUUUUUUCUCUCACUCGGAAAGUUUAAAUUUGGAGCUUGGAGUAAAAUAUAAUACGUUUCGAAAAGACAUUUUUGUCCAGGGUGAAUGUAAGUGUCAGUGCAUUAAAAUAAAGUACGACAAAAAAUUUAAAGAGAGAAAAAAAAAAAAAAAGAAUAAUUAUGAAGAAUAUAACGAAAAUAAAGAUAAAAUAAUUAAUAAUGAGAAUGAAAUAGAUAUAGGUGGUGAUAUAAAAAUAGAAACAAAGAAUAAAUAUGAUGAUAAAAGAGAAAGAAAUUAUAUAGGUAUAUGUACUGAGAAAAAAUAUUUUGAAGUUGAAAAUUUGAAUGACUUGAAAAUUUCUUAUGAAAUAUGUGAUAGAAAAAAAGGUUAUUUUGAAUAUAAUUAUUCUAAGAAAGAAUAUGUUCUUAUAUUUGAUAAAAAUAUAAAUAUAGAUCGUUAUUAUGAUAAUUUUAGUACCUUUAAAAAAAUUAAUAAGUUGGAAAUAUUAAAAGAGGGGAAACAAGGUACACCUGAUAAGAUACUACAUAAUAGGAAAUAUAAAGGGAUACAUGAAAAAAAUGAUAAUAAUAAAAAUAAUAAUAAUAAUAAUAAAAAUAAUGAUGACAAUAAUGAUGAUAAUAUUAAUAAAGUAGAUGGUUGUAUUAAUAAAAAUAAAUUUAAUGAUAACCAAAAUAUUCAACAUAAUAUCCUUGCUUGUAUAAUUUUUUGUGAUUCAUCCAUACAUACAAUAAAAGGACUUGGAUCAAACAGACAUGCAUUCAGGUUAUUAUUAUUUUAUGAUGAAAAUAUAACUAAAUCUAAAAACUUUGUAAACAUAACGUUUUCAGUAAAUUUGGAUUAUUUUAAUUAUAGUGAAGCUAUCAAAGUAUACUCCGAAUUUUAUAUACACUCAUUUGAUUUUGUAUAUAUAAAUGAGAAGAAUUUAUUAUGGUCUUUAUAUUUAUACAUGAAAAAGGAAAUAGAAGAUAAAGAAAGAAAACACACAAAUAAGGAUUAUUUAGAGAAUGAAAAAAGGAUGGAUGAUUUGUCUGAUACAUAUUUGGACGAUAUGAUAAACGAGUUGGAUUUUAUGAAAGCAGAAAAAAAGAAAGCAUCUGAAGAAAAUAAUAUGAACACAAAUAUUACAAUUAAUAGAAAUAUAAACAUAAAUAUAAACACUGAUACAAAUAAUGAUUUAUAUAACAAAUGUGAUUACAAGUGUUUAUGUAAAACAUUUGAAGAUAUAAAAAAUUAUUAUAAUGUAGAUGAAAAUGUUGUUGAUCAUUUUAAGGAUUAUAUUUAUGAUAUUAUUUGUAAUGUAAAACCUAAAGAAAUAACAAAUCAAGAGGUAAAAAAGAAUGAAAAAAUAAAUGAUAAUAAUAAAAUAUGUGAUAAUAAUAAAAUAUGUGAUAAUAACAAAAUUAAUGAUAAUCAAGAAAAACACCAUAGUGAAGAAAAAAAUGACAAUAUUAAAAAUAAGAUAACAAAAUUUGUAAAAAACACAAAUGACGAAUUUAUUAAAAAUAGUACUGAUGAAGAUAAUUGUUAUAAGUUGAAGAAUAUUGUGAAUGAAAAUAAUUUUUCUAUAAAUUAUACUACUUAUGAUAAAGAAAUGAAUAAAAAAUGUAGGGAUUAUAUUUGGAUACAUAAACUUCUUCAUGGUCUUAAUAAUCACAUUGAAUAUAAAUUUAUUGAUUUUAUUAAAAAAUAUAAGUAUGAAUUAUUUUAUGAAUAUGAUAAAAUAAAUAUAUUAAAUGUAGAAGAUAAAAAAAAAAAAAAUUUGUGUGAAAAUAAAGAAAAAAAAUUUAAUAUUGGAAAUAAAAAUGAAUUAUGUAAAAUAUAUCAUUGUGAAAUAAAUAAGGAAAAUAAUACUUUCUAUAUAAUAAUAAAUAAUCCUAAUAAAUAUAAUACAAGUAUAAAAAUUAGCUCAGAAAAAAAUGAUGUGAGUAAUAUAAUUAAUAAUAUUUAUAAUCACUGUAUAGACAAUUUAAUAACUAGCAAUGAAUGGUGCGGUAUGAAGAAAUUUUUUACAUAUCAUAUGGAAGAUAAUAAAAAAAUUGAACACAUUUUUAGCUAUAAUUUUAAUUUGCACACGCUAAAUGCAAAAGUGUAUGAACAAUUAAAACAUUUAAAUACUCCAUAUAUUAAUAUUAGAAAUGAUAAAAAUAAAAAAUAUAAUGAAAAUAAAUUUUAUAUGUAUUUUAAUAAUAUAUUAAAAGAAAAAAAAGAAUAUUGCUUGAAUCUCAAAAACAAAUUAUUUUUUGAUUUUUAUUUAGACAUAUAUUUAUUCAAUCAUUUUAUAUUUUCAAAUAAAUGUUCAUUCAUUAAAAUUAAUUUAUAUUCUGAUAAUAUUAAUAUAUAUAAAGAUAUUAUUUCUAUAAACAUGGAUAAUUGUAUUUAUAAUAAUAAAAUAUUAAUAUUUUCAGAAAUUAAAUCCUUACAUUUAGUAAGUUCACAUAAAGAAAAUAAGGAUAAUGAAAAAGCAGUAUUUCUAAAUCGUUUAUAUGUAGAUAAAGAAAUACUUACAAACUAUGAAAAGAUAAAAAAAUUUGAAGAAAAUGCAAAUGUUCAAAAGCUUUCUGAAUGUUUUGAUGAAAUAUUAAGACCAUAUGAAUUUAUUAUAUAUAAUUCAUCUAAAAUCAAAAAAAAACUUACUUGGAGGAUUGAUAAGAUAUCAUAUACGAAGGUAAGUCAAAAUCAUAAUAUAACAGAAGAUUUAAUGGAUGAACAGCAUGUUUCAGCUUCUGAAAGUAGAGAUAUAUAUAGAAGAAAUGAGGAAAAUAUUCAUCCUGAAAAUUUUACGGAUGCUAUAGAUGCUGUAAAUUCUGUAUGUGGUGAAAAUAUUGUAUAUACUGUAAAUUCUGAAGAUGCUAAACAUGCUGAAGAGUUAGAAAUGUUUAGAACAUAUUAUGUAGAUACAGAAGAAAGUGAUGUAACAUCUUCUAGUAUGAGUAAUAUUAGUUAUGAUAAAAAAAUUGACAUCGAAAUGAAAUAUUCAGAUAACUGUAUAAAUGAAAAUGAGAAAAAGAAAUUUGAAUUAUCUUUAGAAGAUAUAUUAUCUAGAGAAGGAAAACAUGUAUAUAUGAUUACAUGUAAUUAUGAUUAUAUUGAACCAGAUAACCACAAAAGGCAAUGUGAUCAUGUUUCACAUGAUAAUAUUAGUAUAAUAGAGAAAAUCAGAAAGAAUUUUUUUAUCAAAUUUUAUAUGUCUAUAAAUGUUGAGAAGCCAAAGAUUUACUUAUUAUAUAAUAAUAAAAUAACAUAUAAAAAGAGGAUCAAGUAUGACUAUUAUUACUAUAAUAAGAAGGCCUACAGAAAAAUAAAUAGUAUGUACGAACUGGAUAGGAUUAGUGAUGUUUUGUAUGAAAAUAUAAAUGAUAUAAAUGAAUAUUUUGACAUCACAUUUUUAAAGACUAAAGAUUUGAAGCUUAACUUUAUGAAUAAUAUGAAUAUAAGUUUUUUCACAUAUAUAAGUGCGAGCAAAUUUUUUGACAUCAAAAAUAUAAUUAUAGAUGACGAAGUUUUUAAUCACACAAACACGACAAUAUACCAUAUAAAAUGCAAAAGCAAAAUAUGUCUUAACCUUGAAAUAAACCAUGAAAAAUUCAAGAAAGAAAUAAAACGUUUUUAUAGUUUUCAAAAAAGUAUUGCGUGUGUGGAAAAUAAAUUUGAUAAAAAAUACAUAUACGAAGAUUUUAUAGUAUUUCAAUAUUUAACAGGCAAAAGAUCACAGACGUUUUGUAUAGAAUGUCAUUAUCAUGUUCCUUUGAUAGUAUUAAGAGAGAAUAAAUAUUUAUUUCAAGAAUUUAAUAAUUUGACCCCAAAAAAUCAACAUUCAAAUUAUUAUAGAAAUUUUUAUGAAGUUGAGAAUAAUAUAUCUGAUAAAAUAGUAAGAGGAAAAAUACAAUAUAAUGAAAUUGAAGUGAUGGAUAAUGCAUAUCAUAUUAAUUUCUUCUUUGAUGAAUUAAAAAUGUAUAAAUUAUGUCUCUUUCUAUUUAAUCUUACCAAUCAUCCAGCAAAUUGGGUGAUAACAUAUGAAGAACUUAUGAACACGGAAAUAAAAUUUUCUAAAAAAAGAGAUUAUCAUAUUUUUCAUUUCAGUAAAACAAAAGGCAUUUUAUUUGGAAAGACAUAUGAUAUGAACAAUGAUGUGCGUCAACAAAAUAGAGGAAAUCCUUUUUUAUAUCCUGAUUGUAUCAUCAUUACAUUUAUUGAUGUCACUAAAAUAUAUUCCAUCAAAGUUUCAAAGAGCGAAAAAAUAUAUUUACAUUUAAAAGGAAGUUAUACAAAAAAAAAUAGUAUAUAA